AUGAGCAAAGCUCACCCUCCAGACUUGAAGAAAUUUAUGGACAAGAAGUUAUCAUUGAAAUUAAAUGGUGGCAGACAUGUCCAAGGAAUAUUGAGGGGAUUUGAUCCCUUUAUGAAUCUUGUGAUAGAUGAAUGUGUGGAGAUGGCAACUAGUAGGCAACAGAACAAUAUUGGAAUGGUGGUCAUACGAGGAAAUAGUAUCAUCAUGUUAGAAGCCUUGGAACGAGUAUGAACAAUGGUUGCCUUCACCAGAGAAAUC